CGGGCCUGGGCGAGUGGCGCCUGCGUGAGAGGGCAGAGGCGGGGGUGGAGGCGUUGGCGCUGCCACGUCUGGGCCGCGGCUCCCGACUGUGGCGCGGGCGGUGGAGAAGGAGGUGGGGCUGGCGCUGAAGCCGGAUCCGGAUCUGGUGCUGUGCACCCUGGUGGGGGAGAGCCUGGUUGGAGCGCCGACUGCGGGGCCUCUACGGGUGAGGAGGGACCGUGGCCGGGUGGCGAGAGCGGGACCGUGUGUCACGAGGGCCGGGACGGGCCUGCCUUCAGGUUUAUCUAACAGAACUUACUAGAAAGAUGAAACCUGAUGAAACUCCAAUGUUUGACCCAAGUCUACUCAAAGAAGUGGACUGGAGUCAGAAUACAGCUACAUUUUCUCCAGCCAUUUCCCCAACACAUCCUGGAGAAGGCUUGGUUUUGAGGCCUCUUUGUACUGCUGAUUUAAAUAGAGGUUUCUUUAAGGUAUUGGGUCAGCUAACAGAGACUGGAGUUGUCAGCCCUGAACAAUUUAUGAAAUCUUUUGAGCAUAUGAAGAAAUCUGGGGAUUAUUAUGUUACAGUUGUAGAAGAUGUGACUCUAGGACAGAUUGUUGCUACAGCAACUCUGAUAAUAGAACAUAAAUUCAUCCAUUCCUGUGCUAAGAGAGGAAGAGUAGAAGAUGUUGUCGUUAGUGAUGAAUGCAGAGGAAAGCAGCUUGGCAAAUUGUUAUUAUCAACCCUUACUUUGCUCAGCAAGAAACUGAACUGUUACAAGAUUACCCUUGAAUGUCUACCACAAAAUGUUGGUUUCUAUAAAAAGUUUGGAUAUACUGUAUCUGAAGAAAACUACAUGUGUCGGAGGUUUCUCAAGUAAAGGUCUUAUAAGAAAAUUGUCAAAGGAGCUAAUGCUACAAGGCUAUACUCUUCCUAGAGUUGAAACGUUUUGUUGCUGCAGCUGAGUGACCUCCGUAAAUACUGGACUGAAAAAACAUUGUAAUACUACAGGUGUAAUGACAUUUAGAAGGUUACUUUGGGCUGGGGGGACAUGCUGUGAAUUUAGAUUACAAAUGAAUAUUAUAAAGGGGAUGAUUUUUAACCAAAGGAAUAUAUUUUUAACUUGAAUUUUCUUGCCUCGUAUUUUUCUAAAAGUUUGGCUUCAUUUCUUGGUAGUUAAGAUUAUGGGUAAUAAGGAGUUAUAUGUCUGCUAUGUGUGUUGCUCAUUAAAAAAAAAGUAUAUAUUGAGUAAGGCUGUUCCUUAUCACAUGCAUAAAAUUAAAUAUUUUUGUUUCAAAGAAACAUCUCAAUACAUUAGGGGUGUAUUGUUUCCCACAUAUUAAGUCAGACCAGAUAAAUUAGUUAUUUUAACUAAACAUAGUGUAGUCCAACAUUCGUUGAUCCCAAUACAGGCAAACAACCUGGCCAGCUUUUUAAAGUAGAAGAAAUGAAAAUUAUUUGACAAUAUUAAAAGUAAAAAAUUUAAACGUUUUACUAAAAGUUUAUAUAAAUCUAUGUAGAUAAAAAGUGCUACUUGUCCCAUCUGUGAAUUGUAAUUAUUCGUUUGCUAAAAACACCUAAGAACAAUUAUAGUGAGACAUCUAAGAUACUUUCUAAACAGUGAAUUAGCAAACCCAGCGUAUGUGUUUCUACCCGUUUUUCUUUUCAUGGGUAUCUGAAGCCUCUCUUCUGAGUUAAGUUUUAUCAAAAAUGAACUAUCACAAAAUGGAAUGAAAUGCAAUACUUAAAAAUGUGUUUUACUGGAUUUGCCAAAUUUGUAAAAUGUUGAUGGAAGCUUUACUUUUUUUU